AUGGCUUUUAUCGUAUCUUUAAUCGCUACCGCAAAUAUUCUUAGGAUUCUCAGCACCUUCUUCCUCGUCCACGCUGUUCCCAUCGGUCUCGGUCUUGGUAACAGUCUCUCCUCUAGGGACGACUCGUACUUGGACAUUACCCAAUACCUUGCCGCGCACAACACUAUCCGCGCUGUACACGACGCCCCCUUGCUGAUCUGGUCAGACGAUCUCGCUAUAGGUGCACAAGCUUGGGCCAACGCGUGUAAUUUUAAACACUCGGAUGGGGUUCUCAGUGAGUUACCGUAUGGGGAGAAUAUGGCUGCUGCUACAGGGGAUUUUGGUAUCAAUGCGGCGGUGGAGUCGUUUAUGAGUGACGAAGAUUCAUAUGAUCCUUCUUCCCCGACGUUCAGCGAUUUUACCCAGAUCGUAUGGAAGAACACCACCACUGUGGGAUGCGCGUAUAAUACCCAGUGCGGGAAUAUAUUCCCUAGUUCCUCGUCAAUGGCUACGCUGCAUGUAUGCUUGUACAAUCCGCCCGGAAACGUCGUUGAGGAAGCUGAGUACGUGUCAGUUUUUCUAAACGUUUCCCAUGCCUUGAUUAUGCUUCAUUCUUCCGUAUUUCUACUACUCCCUUCUUUUCUCGUCUUUCUACGACCUUCAAAAUUUGAAAUUUUCUGUCGAGCCUCAUGCGCCAACCUACAUUGA